AUGGAGUUGGGGCUAAGAUACUACUCAUCAAAUGGAAAAUUCUACAAGGACUUCCUGCAGGAGUUGUGGGAAGAGAAGGAGCAUUCUGAGAAGCUGAUAUGGCUGCAGAACCAGCACGGGGGCCACAUGUGCCUUGGAGACAUCAAGAAUCUAGACCACAAUGACUGGGAGAGCAGCCUGAAGGCCAUGGAGUGCACCUUCCAUGUGGAGAAGAGUGUGCACUGGAGACUAUUGGAUCUGCAUCAGCUGGCUACUGACAAGAAUGAUGCCCACCUGUGUGACUUCCUGGAGCAUCAAUACCUGGUCAAGUCCUUCAAAGAGUUGGGUGGCUAUCUCACCAACUUGUGCAAGAUGAGGUCCCCAGAAGCCGGCAUGGCAGAGUACCUCUUCGACAAGCUCACCCUGGGUGAUGGCAGCAAGAACAGAGCUUGGACUGCCUUCCCCAUAGCCACAGGAUGA